UUCACCCCUGCGCGUCUCCCCCCCUCUCCCCGCUAUAAAAGCCCGCCUCCACCUCUUCCCCCCGCACUCCAUCGCUUCGCCGCCGUUCCCCGCAACCCUAAUCGCGCCCCGCCCGGCUCGGCUCGUCGUCCCCUCCAGAUCUACGCCCGCCGAGGUAGCAGCUUCUGUUCUGCUGCAGUCUGACAAAGUGGAGGGCUUAGGUGUUGCUGCUUCUUUUAUGUCUGAACAAUCUUUGCUUUAUUUGGGAUUGCUGGGAGAGUAUUCUCGUGCAACGAGAAAAAGGCACAAGCUUCCGCUCCUCUGCAUGCAUCAAGAGCCCAUCUGGUUUUCUUGUUCUGAGGUGUCUUUUGCUGGUGCUCAGAGUCAGCUUGGUUUUCUGGAAGGAUCAGCAGCAACUCUCGAUUUAGGAUUUUGCCACAUCUGAUAGUCAUCUGCUUCAGAAAUCUUUAUCCAAGAUGGCGCUGCAAAACAUUGGUGCUUCAAACAGGGAUGAUGCCUUCUACAGGUACAAGAUGCCUAGGAUGAUUACCAAAAUAGAAGGCCGUGGUAAUGGCAUCAAGACAAAUGUUGUGAACAUGGUUGAUAUUGCAAAAGCACUUGCCAGGCCACCUUCCUACACAACCAAGUACUUUGGGUGUGAGCUUGGUGCACAGUCUAAAUUUGAUGAGAAGACAGGAAUUUCCUUGGUUAAUGGGGCUCAUGACACUGCAAAGCUGGCUGGUCUCCUUGAGGUAUUCAUCAAGAAGUAUGUCCAGUGUUACGGAUGUGGCAACCCUGAGACUGAGAUUCUCAUCUCUAAGACCCAGAUGAUAUCACUGAAGUGUGCUGCCUGUGGCUUCAUCUCAGAUGUUGACAUGAGGGACAAGCUCACAACCUUUAUCCUGAAGAACCCACCAGAACAGAAGAAGGGAGGAAAAGAUAAGAAGGCCAUGAGGAGAGCUGAGAAGGAACGUCUGAAGGAAGGUGAGGCUGCUGAUGAGGAGCUGAAGAAACUGAAGAAGGAUGCAAAGAAGAAAGGUGCGUCUUCCAAGGAAUCCACUGCCAAGAGUUCAAAGAAGAAGGCUGCUGCUGGUGGUUCUGAUGAGGAUCAUUCAACAUCACCAACUCGCAGUCGUGAUGGUGACAAUGCAGCUGCGGAUGAGGAGGAUGACGAUGAUGAUGUCCAGUGGCAGACUGACACUUCUCUGGAGGCUGCAAAACAACGCAUGCAGGAGCAACUGAGUGCGGCAACUGCUGAGAUGGUGAUGCUGUCCACUGAGGGGACUGAGAAGAAGAAGAAACAGGCGACCCACAAAGAAACCACUGCUAAUGGUUCUGCGAAAGCCCAAGAGAUCUCUGAGCCAGCUGUCAUUAAGCCCAGCCCCUAUGAUGAACUGGUUGGAGACAUCAAGGCUAGCUUGGGAAGUGCUCCUACACCUACACAGCUCAAGGCUGUGCUGGCAUCCUCAACACUCCCGCCCCAGGACGUGAUGAAUGCUCUUCUUGAUGCUCUCUUUGAUGGUGUGGGCAAGGGAUUUGCAAAAGAGGUGGUGAAGAACAAGAAGUACCUUGCUGCUGCUGUGCCUGAUGAGGGUGCCCAGACCCUGCUGGUCCAGGCCAUCGAGUCUUUCGGUGGCAAGUGCAGCCCUGAGGCCCUGAAGGAGGUCCCAGUCGUCCUGAAAGCUCUGUAUGAUGGUGAUGUGCUGGAGGAGGAAACCAUCGUGGAGUGGUACAACGCUGCUGUCGCUGCCGGCAAGAACUCCCAGGUCGUGAAGAAUGCCAAGCCGUUCGUGGAGUGGCUCCAGAGCGCCGAGUCCGAGGAAGAGGAUGAUGAGUGAGAUGUGGCGCUAUUAUGAUCCCACGCAGCACUUCGAUACUGCUAUUUAUCUACCUGUUUUCUGUUUUUCCCGUGUGGUUGUCUUAUUAGUGUGGUGGCGUCAGUCUUUUGUGUCCAGUCUAAACUAAUUGUGCUGGGUGUCUAAAUUGUGUUAUGGGAGUGUUUAAGCAGCGAACAUUAUGUUUUUAGCUGCUGCGUGUGGUGUCAUGUGACUCCGUUUUCUGCUACAUUCAGUGUGCUGUCUAUUGGAUGUUAUUACGGUUUAUCUAUUUGUCCUGUGGAUUGCA